AUCAGGCUGGACCAUCGCAUCAAUAUCAAAACGGUUUAUUUAAUCAGGCGGCAUCGCAUCAAUAUCAGCUAGCUUCUCAGAAUCCAAACCCACAUUGUCCUCAGCCCUACUGGGCUCCAUAUUAUGGACACCAUCCUUACAUGUACAACGUUCCAUGCUAUUCUUACCCCACCGCCAUGGUAUCUGUGCAGAUGCAUCAGUAUGUUUUAGCAUAUAGGAUGCAACGGAACUGGGAACGGCUGAAUAAUCAACCAAGUGUCAAAGUUUCUGCCCCUCCUAAUGCACCAAUAGUUGAGAACAAUGAAGAAGAGGCAGAUACUGAAACAGACAGUGAUCAAGAAGGAGAGAUCAAUGGUGAAGACAAUGACAUCAAUCAAGAUGUAAGUGAUCAAGAGUUAGAGAUCAAUGAAGAAGAGGUAGAUGCAGAUAUAGAAGCCAAUGAAGAAGAGGUAGAUGCAGAUACAGAAGCAGACAGUGAUCAAGAAGGAGAGAUCAGUGGGGAAGACAAUGACAUCGAGCAAGAUGUAAAUGAUCAAGAGUUAGAGAUCAUGAGUGGAGAAGAGGAUGACAACAAGCAAGAAGUAGAUGUAACGAAACAGCUCGGUAAUGGAGUUGAAGUUACACUUCAAUGUGAGAUCGUGUGUGAAGAAGAAGCUGAAAACACACCACAAGAAAAUAGGAAUGGUCAUGAAGAAAAUGGAGAUCAAGAAGAAGAAGGAGAAAAACAAGAAUACAUUAAGGAGCGAGUAAGAGAAGCGAUAUAAAUAGUUUAACUCUGCCCGAUCGUAUUUGGAACUAUGAUCAAACUUAAUUUUCUUAUCUAAGCUUAUAUUAAUUUACUUCAUUUAGAACUAACCACUUGUCUUCUAAUUUGCCGCUUUGUGAAACUUAUAACAAUCUGUUUGUUGGAGCUAACGAAUUCUAUAUCAUGUGAUCUGUUUGUUGAAGCGUUGAGCUAUCUAGUUUUUAAUAACUUAACUAACUAAUGUUCAAAAAAAAGAAAAAAAAAACUUAACUAACCGAUGCGACAUUUUUUAAAGCA